CGGCCGUUGUUGGUCUGGUCUUUGGCGGCACCCGCCGCGGCAGGCGGCAGCCAUAUAUGGCGCGGAGGCGCGCGCGCUCCCCGCUCGAGAUUCCGUCCACGCCAUUGCGUCCAACUGCCUCCACACGACGAGCACCCCACCCACCACGGCCAAAGAAACCCAACGGCGCCUGUUGUGCUGUGCCUGUGCGCCACAAGACGAAGCUUCGAGGAUCCAGGGGCAGGCGGCUGUGUAGCUAGCUAGGCUGCCAUGACGUCCACCGUGACGACGCCCAGCAGGCCGCUCGCCGCCGGGACCCGGCCGCGGCGGUCCUGGCCCGCCGUGCUCUCGCUCAGCAAGGGCAGCAGCGGCCCGCGGCGGCGUAGGCCGCCGUCCACGAGCUGCGCUGCGCUCGCGUCGCCCGACAAGCAGCGCACGGCCAACAAGCUCCCGGUGUCGUCGAGGAAACAGCAGCAGCAGGAGGAGGAGGAGGAGGUGAGGGCGACGGACUACAACGAGGUCGCGGCGGCGCUGGAGAGCAUCUACAAGCUCAGCCCCGCCGUGGAGGUCGACGAGGAGAAUGAGCGCCACGGAGGCCACGACGACGACGACGAGGGCGGCAAGAAGGCCAAGAAGAAGAGGAAAAGCAGAGUGGCGGGCAGGAGCACGGUGAUCGUGAAGAGCCGGCGGCGGCGGCGCGGGAGGAGGAUGGACCUCGGGAAGCGGGUGGAGAUGAAGAGCGCCGCCGUUAGCAGGGAGGGGGACGAAGACGACGAGGGGGAGCGCGAGCGCGAGUUCGAGGAGAUGCUGCUGCGGGAGCACUCGGUGUCGACGGACAUGGGCAGCCUUGACUGGAAGCGCAUGAAGAUCCCGCCGGUGCUCACCUCGUCGCAGAGCGCGCGCCUCUUCAAGACCAUGCAGCCCAUGAAGGAGAGCUUGCGAGAGGAGCUGCAGAGAGACCCCACCGACGCGGAGCUCGCCGAGGCCACCGGCAUGACCGUCCACCAGCUCCGCCGCCGCCUCGACGUCGGCCGGGCCGCCAGGAACAAGCUCAUCAAGCACAACCUCCGGCUGGUGCCGUACGCCAUCAACAAGUACUACCCAGACAUGGGCACCGACGAGCGGUUCGACGACCUGUGCCAGGCGGGCGCCAACGGGCUGAUCACGGCCAUCGACCGGUUCGAGCCCAAGCGCGGGUUCCGCAUCUCCACCUACGCGCUCUUCUGGAUCCGCCACUCCAUCGUGCGCGCCAUGACGCUGUCAAGCUUCACCCGCUUCCCGUUCGCCAUGGAGUCGGAGCGGCAGGAGAUCGGCAAGGCGAGGGAGGAGCUGGCGUUCGAGCUCGGCCGGCCGGCCACGGACGAGGAGGUGAGGCGGAAGGUGGGCAUCUCCCCGCAGCGGUACCGCGACGUGCUGCGGAUGACCAGGCCCACCUACUCGCUGCACGCCAGGAACCGGGUCACGCAGGAGGAGCUCAUCAACGAGGUCACCGACGACGAUGCCAUCGGCGUCGACGCCGGCGGCAGGCACAACACGCUGCUCCGCCUCGCCAUCGACGACCUCCUGGACUCUCUGAAACCCAAGGAGAGCCUGGUGAUCAGGCAGCGAUUCGGGCUGGACGGCAGGGGAAAGCGCACGCUCAGCGAGAUCGCCGGCAACCUCAGCAUCUCGCGGGAGAUGGUGCGCAAGUACGAGCUCAAGGCGCUCAUGAAGCUCAAGCACCCAACAAGGGUGGAAUACCUGCGCAGGUACAUGUGAUGUGAGCCCACUGAUGGAGCUUCUUCUGCUGCCGACCUGUCGCACCAUAGCAUGGAUUCGAUGAUGUAUAGUAUAGUAUGCAUUGGCUACAUAUGGAGUAACUAGUACAACAUUAUACAACAGAGUUACUCUGCUUUGCUUGCUGUAUAUAUAUGUUUGUGUGGCUAUACCAUCUACUUCUCUUCUACUGUAUACUAGAAGAAGAAAUGUACAUAUACAGGAACUCAGGAACGGUGUGUGCGUGUGGGAAUCCAGAUGAGUGAGUUCAUUUGAGUGAGGUUGUAUUGCAGACCUCACAUGCAUGUAAUUCUUAAUUAACAUACAUAUAUUACCUAUGGUACAUAUAACAUAUGAAAGAAGAGAACAACGAACUCCAUGUUUGCAUAGAUAA